GGUGUUGAGAGUGCAGCCUGCGGGUGUGCAGAUCUGGCUCGCUCGGUGUCCGGGGUGGAGCCUGCCCAGCGCCUGCCUUUGCCUGUGGAGGAGACGGGGCAGCCUCAGAGUUAACCCACACAGUGCACACAAACGGGGAGGCCAGUGGAAUGAAAACGGGUCGCAUCGGGAAGGUUUUUCAUCCAGUGUUUUUGACCGAUUUGUGACUCAAACUCCAGCGCAGACAGAAUGGGUGUCUACGAAGAGAAGAAGGAAACAUGUGGAACCAUCUGCCUCAAAUAUCUCCUGUUUACGUUCAACUUUCUCUUCUGGCUGGCGGGCGGUGUGGUGAUGGCUGUGGGCGUGUGGACCCUGUUGGAGAAGAGUGACUACAUCAGCCUUCUGCCCUCCAAGACCUAUGAGGCCUCAGCCUACAUCCUGAUUCUGGCCGGAGCCAUCGUCAUGGUAACAGGCGUGCUGGGCUGCUGCGCCACCUUCAAGGAGCAGAGGCGGCUGCUGCGGGUGUACUUUGUCCUGCUGCUCUGCAUCUUCUUGCUGGAGGUUCUGGCUGGAGUCCUGGCUUACAUCUACUACCAACAGCUGAACGAGGAGCUGAAGCAGAGCCUAAGGGACACCAUGAUCCAGAAGUAUGAGAGGACCAACCAAGAGCACAUCACCAGAGCUGUGGACAAGCUGCAACAAGAGUUCAAGUGCUGUGGGAGUAACAGUUCUGCGGACUGGGCAGCCAGCGAGUGGAUCCGCUCCCAGGCUGGGAAGGGCAGGCUGGUGCCGGACAGCUGCUGUAAGACCCCCACGCCCAUGUGCGGAGAGAGAGACCACCCCUCUAACAUCUACAAGGUGGAGGGUGGGUGCAUCACCAAACUGGAGAAGUUUAUCCUGGAGCAUCUGAAGAUCAUCGGAGCAGUGGGCAUUGGCAUAGCAUGUGUACAGGUGGUCGGGAUGGUGUUCACGUGCUGCCUGUACAAGAGCCUGAAGGUUGAGCCGUACUAGCAGAGCAGUCCUGUCUCUCCUUUAGCUCAUAGUUUUAGUUUGAGCAGAUUCACACAGGAGCUGGAGAGGAGUAAUUAGACUUUCACCGUGCAGGCAUCUUUAUCUGUGUGCACUGUGAGACAAAACCACCUUGGGACCAUUGGGACUCAAGGCACUAUUCAAACCACUCUCCAUCAUGUACAUGUCUUUGAUUAGCAUGAUAUUGACCAACUUUUAAAGAGCCUGGACCUGAUUUUAAUUUCUUCUGAUAGAGAUAAAUGGCUUUUUCUUUUAUGCAGUGUAUUGUAUAGGGUUGUCAAAUGUAUUGGAACUCAGAUACUAAUCGAUUAUUAAAACUAGUAUCGAAAUGUGGUACUUUAUUUGAAGUAUCAUUAUUAAAAAAGUCACAUUUAGAGAACAGAAAUAAACCUUUCCUGAAAUGGCUUUAGAAUUAUCAUGAGCUGUAAUGGAAUCAGUAUAAGACCACACAGACUAGUAUACAUGGACCCAUGGACCACUAUGGAACCUACUUGGACAACUGAGGAAUUACAUAGAUAAGGCGAUAAGGUGAUAUGAAAUAAAGUACUACCAUUUAAUGCUGAAAGUCACAUUAUUUUCUCUAAAUAAAGAGCAUUGAAAUCGAGUUUAAAAUUUUAGUAUUGUUACAACACCAAUUGAGAACAAAAAUUAGACUGACCAAUGUAUUGGCUAUGACCAUUUUGGUGGGUAAUAACUAAUAGAGAAACUAAUGACAGGGUGGUUCAUUUUCAUCCCAUCAGGCCUAUUGUUUUCUAGGAAUCAUGGGGAGCAACUGCUGGACACUAUGCCAGACAGUUGAAGUUCUGUUACGGUGCAUUUUUAAGAGUGAAAAACAACUCUUUGUCAUGUAGUUGUUUCUGUGUCAUGGCAGAAAAGACUAUCUGGGCGGGGUUACAGUUCACACUCAAACAUGUUCCUCACUCAUGGUUUAAAAACAGGUACAGGCCCCUUUAAUAAGAGAGGAGCAAACUUACAUUUUGUUCAUCUACUAACCUGCUGUACAUACAUUUUUACUGUAGUAAGCAAUAUGUUAAGCAGAGGCCUUUAACUGUGGAGCGUUUGUUUAUUUGAAAUCAGCUAUGGAUCAAAACUGCAGAUUGUAUUUACUUGACUAAAUAUAUUUUGGUUACUUACUUUUACAACUGUCUCGAACUAUGCAAUAAUUAUGUAAUCGAUUAGCGCUGGGGCUGAUAAUUGAAUGGAAGCAGCCAGUUGCUCAGUAUAUGUGCACUGUGUAACUUUUCUGAAAUGUUCCACAGUAUGGCAUUAAAUGUAUAUAUGUUCCAUGUAUUCAAUUAUAGGUGUUUUAUUGCACACACAAAAAAGUUUUCACAGAUCUGAGCAGUAUGAGAUAAUGGGGCUACUGUGGAAUAUUUUAGGCAAAGCAAUAACAUUUUUAUGGAGACAAGCAGAUGGCAGACAUCCUUAUCAGAAAAGUUACAUAGUGUACUUUUAGCAGAUGUUCUACUGGUUACAGAUAAUGAAAUGUGUAUUAGAGUUGCCUUGCUGAUCUGUAUAAAGCCAGAUUUCAAGUGGAUUCUCAGUGUUACCUUGAAGCCUUCAGAUCUGUUACUGUGGUUUAAACGAGGUGCUUUCUUAGCAUUUUGACCUCAAGUGUCUUCUUAAUCCUCAAAGUGCAUGUGACAGGUUAGACUACUUCUUUCACUAAAACAUAGUUAACAUGAUUAUAUUUAAGAUUUUUUUUUUCUUUAAAAAAAAAAGAAGUGUACUUCCUGGUUGGACACAGGCAGCUGUUAUGACAUAUGUAGAGGGUUUCAUUGCCAAAUCGGGAAAGGUUUCAAAACAGGCUUAGUUUUUCAAAUUGCGCAUGCCCAGAUACUUUGGAGCAAGCACAGAAGUUGCUAUAGUAACUACUUUGGACAAAUUAAAUUUGAUUGAACAAAUCUCAAAAAUUCACUCUUGGAAUAUACCGGUAAUCUGUUUUACUGAUAAAUACUUGCUCAAAAUCUGUGGAAAUUAUGUAUUUAAACUGUUAAUAAAGGUUACAAAACAGAGCUGAGCUGAGUUAAGUCUGACUGCCUAAGGAAAACAAUUGUUAAAAUUGUUAGCUAAACUUCCUUGCAUGUAAAUUGCUCUUGCAUUUUGGAUGGAUUUUUCAGUAUUGAUGACAGAGGUAGAGGGGAUUCCGUAUCAGAACUCACCGCCGCUUCCUGUAUUUUUGUGCUUUUCUUUUUAACUUUUUUCCACAAACUGCCACUUAACUGAUGUAAAACUAUGAUAAAUAUUUACUACAGGUACUAUCCCACCAAACCAGGUCAUAAUGAGAAAAACAUGAAAACCUGUCAUAUGCACUUAAAUCAUGCAGCUCCUUGUUGGUCCCUGGCUCCAUAACUGCCGUCAGCCUGAGCUCUGAGACUGAAGUUUGAGUUGUAUAAAUCGUGUAAGCAGCGCCACUGUUCUGUACCUCCAUACGCCAAAGUACUACUGUAUCUCUACGCCUUAUCUACUGACUUUUUACAUUGUUAAAUGAAGAUUUUGUUUUGCUUUUCUAUUACUUUAUAUAUAUGUAAGUGUAUUAUUUAACUACAUAUUACUGUAGUGAAUGUGUCUGUUUUCUUGUGCCUGAAAAAGACCACUACUGUAUCUGAAUCCACUGUAUUUGUAUAUGUAGGUUUUGAUUUAUUAAACAUUCCACAAAGAU